AUUUUCCAUCUUGAGAAAUUUUUGUUUUCCAAAGCAGUUAACCGGCUUAGGUUUCUCUUUGGACUUUCAUCACAUUAUUCUUUCUUCCUAACAACUCUUUAAUAACCCAUACUUCAAAAUGGCUGGUGGUGACGUUAAGAAGGGUGCCAACCUCUUCAAGACCCGUUGUGCCCAGUGCCACACCGUCGAGGCCAACGGCGGCCACAAGAUCGGACCUGCUCUGCACGGCCUCUUCGGCCGCAAGACCGGUUCCGCCGAGGGCUACGCCUACACCGACGCCAACAAGCAGGCUGGUGUCACCUGGGAGGACAAGACCCUCUUCGCCUACCUUGAGAACCCCAAGAAGUACAUCCCUGGCACCAAGAUGGCCUUUGGUGGCCUGAAGAAGGAGAAGGAUCGCAACGACCUCAUUGCCUACCUCAAGGAGUCUACCGCUUAAGCGAUGAAUGAAGAAAAAAGAAUUGUAAUGACAGAGAUAUCAAUAGACGGGGUGCGGCGAUUGUACUACUAUAGACAAAGUUAGAAUAGUCGAAGCACCAUCACUGUGCUUGUACCAUUAAUAUCCAACUCCGCUUUUUUAGCGACCGG